CACAAAUCAUUCAUUCUUCAAACAUUCACAAAUCUCUCUCCUUUUUCCCCUCUCUCUUCCUUCCUCACAGACUUCUGUCUGUUUUUUUCCUACUCAGGAAGAAGAAGAAGAAAGAAAAGCACUCUCAAGUCUCAUCACUUCUCAAUUCUCAUACCUCUCUACUACUCAUCAGCUUUCAGAAGAAACCCACUUCAAUUCCCACCAACUUCUCAUAAUGGCGAUCGAGCUCGAGCAGCAGCCCAAACCCUCCGCCGCCGCCGUGGCGCUCUCCAGAAUCGCAGUCUCCGAGACACACGGAGAAGACUCCCCGUACUUCGCCGGGUGGAAGGCCUACGACGAGAACCCGUACGACGAGCUGACCAACCCGACCGGGGUGAUCCAGAUGGGUCUGGCCGAAAACCAGGUCUCCUUCGACCUGCUCGAGGACUUCCUCGAGCACCACUCCGAAGCCGCCACGUGGGGGAAGGGAGCCACGGCCGGGUUCAGGGACAACGCCCUCUUCCAAGACUACCACGGCCUGAAAUCCUUCCGCGGGGCAAUGGCCUCCUUCAUGGAGCAAAUCCGCGGCGGCCGCGCCCGGUUCGACCCGGACCGAAUCGUCCUGACCGCGGGCGCGACCGCGGCCAACGAGCUCCUGACCUUCAUCCUGGCCAACCCGGGCGACGCCCUCCUAAUCCCGACCCCGUACUACCCAGGGUUCGACCGGGACCUGAGGUGGCGGACCGGCGUCCAAAUCGUCCCCAUCCACUGCCACAGCUCCAACAACUUCCAAAUCACCGAAUCCGCCCUCCACGCCGCCUACGACGACGCCGUUUCACGCAACCUCAACGUCCGCGGCGUCCUCGUCACCAACCCUUCCAACCCCUUGGGCGCCACGGUGCAGCGCGCCGCACUGGAGCAGAUCCUCGACUUCGCCGUGGAGAAAAACAUCCACCUCGUGUCCGACGAAAUCUACUCGGGCUCCACCUUCUCGUCCGCCGAGUUCGUCAGCAUUGCCGAGAUCCUCGAGUCCCGCGGCUCCCGCCACGUGGACCGGGAGCGGGUCCACAUCGUGUACAGCCUGUCAAAGGACCUGGGCCUCCCCGGGUUCCGCGUGGGGACCAUCUACUCCUACAACGACGCCGUAGUGACCACCGCCAGAAGAAUGUCGAGCUUCACACUCAUUUCUUCGCAGACGCAGCACCUCCUCGCCUGCAUGCUCUCCGACAAGGAAUUCACCGCCAAAUACAUAAAGACCAACAGGGAGCGGCUGAGGAAAAGGUACGACGUGAUCAUCGCCGGGCUGCGUCGCGCCGGGAUCGAGUGCCUACGUGGCAACGCGGGGCUGUUCUGCUGGAUGAACCUCGGUCCGUUGCUCAAGGAGUUGACCAAGGAAGGCGAGCUGGCGCUGUGGAACCUGAUAGUGAGGGACGUGAGGCUGAAUAUCUCCCCCGGCUCGUCCUGCCAUUGCUCCGAGCCGGGGUGGUUCCGCGUCUGUUUCGCUAAUAUGAGCGAGGCGACGCUCGACGUCGCCUUGGAUAGGCUGCACCAGUUCGUCGACGAGUAUCGACGGACCGGUUCGAGCUAGUAAUAUUGAUGGUGGGAAAAGAAAAGAUUUUUUUUUUUGGUUAAUUGAUUGGUUGGUCACAUACAUAAUGUGAAAAAAAGUGAAAAUAUAAUGUGAAGGGGAGAAAGGGGAAGUGCAUACAGUAUACAGAAAAGUCUGUUAAUGAUUUUUUUUUUCUUUUGGUUUUCUGGAGGACGGGAGGGGAUUUUUUGCUUGCUUUCCUCGAUUGAGCAAGUACUAUACUUUUUUCGUUGUCACAGAAAGUGGAGUUAAUUAUUUUUGUCUCUAUUUUGGAGUGAUACAAAUCCAAUACAAGCUCUCUAUCUCAAACCUGCAUUCAGCACAAUAAACACACAUCAUCAGUAAUCUUUCCUAAUGACUUCAAUUUAUCUCUAGUUGUUAUCAUGUUUCUAAUUAAUCACCAACCAACCGAUGAAGCUAUGGCAUAUGCGAAGCCAGCAACAUUUGCAACUUUUGGUGUAGUAAAAAAAAAACCUAUAUACGUUUGAGUUGAUGAAAAUUGAAUUCAGCACCUUCAGCUAAUAUAAUGAUGUUUUCCUACUAUACAACAACCAAUUACUUGUUUAUUAAUUUACAAAAACGAAAUCUCAAAGAGAAUAAAAACUUAAUUCAAUCUCUUGUCUCUUUAUGGUUGAUGAGAGAUUUGUUGGAUUGAAAGGAAUUAAUUAAUUAUCUCGAGUAAUGGUCAAUACAAAAGUGCAUCAGUCAACCGUCGGUCUAUUUGUUUAUGAAACUAGUUUUAAUUCUACCAGUUGCAACUGCAAGUAUAGAAAGGGCAUUUUCACAUUUGAUUAUAUUAACCACAAGCUUCGAAGUCGAAUUAGCGAUAAAUUUGCUAAUAAUUGUUUAGUGAGAUACAUAAAAGAGACUUACUAUUAAGAGUGUAGACACCAAAUGUACUUUAUGUUUCUUUUAGAAUAUGAAAACAUCGCCCAACCGUCCCAAAACUUGUUUCAAAGCUCUCAUUUAUGAACUAGGACCUAAAACAUCAUAAACAUGCACAAUUAGAGCCUGGAGGUGGCAAAUGGAUUGGAUCCACAUGGAUUGGUGGAUCCAUGGAUCAAAUGGAUUGGAUUGGUUUUUUCAUGGAUUGGAUCAAGUGGAUUGGUGGAUUAUCUUGAAUCCAAAUGACAUCCUCAACCAAGGACCAAUAUGUAAAAUGUGAAAAGUUUAGGUACUAAUAUGUCGUAAUGAAAAAUUUUAGGUGCCAAAAUGUAAUUUUUAAUGAUAUUUUUAGUAUAAAAAAUUAAGAUUUAGGUACAAAAAUGUAAAAUAUAAAAAGUAUAGGUAUCAAACCGUAAUUUGCCAUUUUGAUCCAUGGACCAAUCCAAUUGGAUUUGGAUUUAAAUGGAUUGGAUUAGGUGAAUAUUUUUAGUAGAUUGGUGGAUUGCCACCUCUUUGCACAACCUAGCGUAAAACCAGCUCAAUGCGUAAGAAAAUGAUCACAAAUGCUCAAGAAAUGAAAGAAUAAAUAUGUGUAAUUAACGCGUUAUCAGGUACAUCAGGUACCAAGCUUUUUCUUGUCAGCUUGGUACCCUCUUGGCUCCAGACUUAACCAAAUUUCAUAUCUUGCUACCAAGCCUACCUUGUUGACUUGGUAUCUAAACUUAAUAGUUUUUUAGAGCUACAUUUCAUACCAGUUGUCUUGUUCCAAAGGAGAGAAGGCGUUAGCUUCGAGGUUAUGGAGGCGGUCGGCCACUAGGCUAGGAAGAAGGAGUUUGACCACUUAGCCCAAAACUCACCCAUUAAAGCCCAACUAACUCAUUUAACUUUUUAAUAUCAAAAUAACCUUAUAAAUCCAUUAAAUAUUUUGUAAUUAAACGAUGUAGUACAAAUUGAUCUUUUUGGGUAACCAUCCCCGUGUAUUUUCUCCUUACCUCGUUUGUAUUAUUCGACGACCAAUUUCACUAGUUAUAACAAAAAUCUAAUUAUUUU